UUCUAAUUUCUUGCUCCUGAUGCUCACUAACUUUGAGGUCACGUAUAUGAAAGUAACACUGGAAGAAGAACGCUUAAAGUACCACAGACUGCCAAAAGAACAACCAAACCUGUCUGGGGAGAGGUACAGCCAGAACGGUGCUUAGAAGCAAAGUUGGAGGGACUUCAUCUCACGUACUUUGAGCAUAUUAUCAGGAGACACCAGUCCUUGGAGAAGAACAUCAUGCUUCGUAAAGUAAAGGGGCGGCACGAAAAGAGAAAGACCCUCAACAAGAUGGAUUGACACAGUGGGUGAAACAGUGGACUCACACAUUUCUGAGACGGCACGGUGCUGGGCAGUGUUUUGUUCCUGUUGUACCUAGAGUCGCUGUGAGUCCGAACUGUCUCAAUGGCCCCUAAGAGCAACAGACUGUCAGGCUACAGACAAGAGAAAAGCUUUAGAAGAGACCAAAGCCUACACGACCCAAUCCUUAGCUAGUGUUGCUUACCAAAUAAAUGCGUUGGCCAACAAUGUACUCCAAUUGCUGGACAUCCAAGCCUCCCAGUUGCGAAGAAUGGAGUCUUCCAUCAAUCAUAUUUCACAGACUGUGGACAUUCAUAAAGAGAAAGUGGCUCGAAGAGAGAUUGGUAUUUUGACAACAAAUAAGAAUACAUCAAGAACGCACAAAAUAAUAGCACCUGCAAAUAUGGAACGCCCUGUCAGGUAUAUUCGGAAACCUAUCGACUACACAGUUCUAGAUGAUGUGGGCCAUGGUGUCAAGUGGCUAAAAGCCAAGCAUGGAAAUAGCCAGCCUGCAAGAACUGGCACACUGUCGAGAACAAAUCCUCCUACUCAGAAACCACCAAGUCCUCCUAUGUCAGGCCGGGGAACAUUGGGACGGAAUACUCCUUACAAAACCUUGGAACCUGUUAAACCCCCAACAGUCCCUAAUGACUACAUGACGAGUCCUGCUAGGCUUGGAAGUCAGCAUAGUCCAGGCAGGACAGCUUCUUUAAAUCAGAGACCGAGGACACACAGUGGCAGCAGUGGAGGGAGUGGAAGUAGGGAGAACAGCGGCGGCAGCAGUAUUGGCAUUCCCAUUGCCGUGCCUACACCUUCACCACCCACUAUUGGGCCAGCAGCUCCGGGCUCAGCCCCUGGUUCUCAGUAUGGCACGAUGACCAGGCAGAUUUCUCGGCACAACUCUACCACUUCUUCGGCAUCUUCUGGUGGAUACAGACGGACUCCCUCUGUGACGGCUCAGUUCUCUGCUCAGCCUCAUGUGAAUGGAGGUCCACUCUAUUCUCAGAAUUCAAUUUCUGUUGCUCCACCCCCUCCCCCUAUGCCUCAGUUGACUCCACAGAUACCUCUCACAGGCUUCGUGGCCAGGGUGCAGGAAAACAUUGCUGACAGUCCUACUCCACCACCUCCACCUCCACCAGAUGACAUUCCCCUGUUUGACGACUCCCCACCUCCACCACCACCUCCUCCAGUGGAUUAUGAAGACGAGGAAGCUGCAGUAGUUCAGUAUAAUGAUCCAUAUGCAGAUGGGGAUCCUGCCUGGGCCCCCAAGAAUUAUAUUGAGAAAGUUGUUGCAAUAUAUGAUUACACAAAAGACAAGGAUGAUGAGCUGUCGUUUAUGGAGGGUGCAAUCAUUUACGUCAUAAAGAAGAAUGACGACGGCUGGUAUGAAGGAGUCUGCAAUCGAGUGACUGGUCUCUUCCCUGGGAACUAUGUUGAAUCAAUCAUGCACUAUACUGAUUAAAUUUUUGGCUUUUAAAGUAGAUUCUCAUUACUCAGUCAUACUGUGGGGCUAUUAUGGUUAACAGAAUUGUCUUAAUGUUUUAAAAUGUGCCCAUAUUUUCAGGACAUGCUCUUUUAUCUGUAUAAUUGAAUGUCUACCCAUAAGCAUAAAUCUUGGAGGCAGUUUGUAUAUUGCCUAAAAGCAUUUUAUACAAGAAGCUGUCCAUAACCGAUUGUGCUUAUGCAUUUACUUAUGCAUUGUUAACUUUUUGACCAGCCUAAAUAUUCUGGGGAAGUGGGUUAUAAUAUAUGAAUCAUGAUUCAGAUUGUACCAUUACAUCUUUCAGUGCAGCAUGGUUACUAACACUGUUAAACUAAUCUUGAAAGCAGAAAAUUUAAAUGCUGGUGCUGGUCAGACUUUUGUUAGAUUCUCUCACUCUUGAACUAUACUAUUUGUUUAAAGCAUGCAUACAAAUUUAUGUAUUGAAAUAUACUUUCAAAAAUAUCCAAGAUGCUUCCAAUUUGUUUGAUGUUUACCUGGAGCACUCAUACUUUGCAGUCUCUCACAAAAAACAAAUAAAAUAAUUGAGUCUCCAAGGUCUUCACGUGAAACAAAACAAACACAAGGGUGAUCUGUAACAUUGUAAUUUGUACGUAAGUUUUUUAAUGAGUGAAUUUGCAUUAUGAAUUUUUUUCAUUCAUAAAUACAUAAGUGAACCAAAGGUUUUUGUCCUUUCCUUUGUUGGUUUGCUUUUAAAAUAAAUAAAUAAAUAAGUAAAUAAAUGAAUAAAAGAUGAUUUAUCGGAGAAUUAUGGUUCUAUUUUCUUAGUGUAUUGACUUUGAAAGAAAUUCAGUCUUAAUCUCCAUCUGUUCAAACUGCAAGGUGAUUGAUGAUUGCAGAUUUAAAAUCUGAAAUGGUCAUGUACAAGUCAAUUUACUGAAUUUAAAUUUCUCAGAGUGAAGAAAAUAUGUCAUAAAGUGCACAUUUCAUCCUGUAGGUAAAAUUCUUUGGGACUACAUGGUCACUCCGUCAGUUUUACAGCCAACUGUUAUAGAUUGGUUCCGUGAAAGGAAACGAUGUGUCUUUUACAUACUCCUUUUGUAAACGUGGAUGCAAUUUACUUUUGAGUAGGCACUGUUAGCUGGCAGAGCAACCUAAAAAGAUUUCAAAGAUAAAAUAGUUGGGACACAGGGUGAGCCAUUGAUCAGGGAACAGGGACACAGCUAGCCAGCAGAUGCUUUUGUCUUGGUUGGCAUGAUUUGAAGCCAACACAUGCUCUUUGUGUGUUUCUAAUGUAUGGGAGGGCUCGAGGGAUAGUUUCUCUUGUGCAGAAGUCUACAUUGCUUGGGGUAUUAAGAGUACUCAAGUGUGGGUUUCUGUGUAUUGAAGACUUACUUGGGUUUCAAACUAUAGUUAUGUAUACUGGGCAGCACAGACUUCUAACAGCACAGUGAACAGUAAGAGGAGGGGGAAACACUUAAUUCUGAAAAUUAAAGACCAUUACUGCUACUAAAAAUCAAGGUGACUGUUUCAUAUUUAAACAUUAGUGAUUACUUAAUUACUUUUUUGGCUUUUUGUUUUGAGUGUAAUGUUCUCUUAAUGUGUAUAUAACCUGUUGUCAAAAUUUUAUGUAUAGUCUUUUAUAAUAAACCAUUCUCCUCUAUGAAUUAUGUUGGAUGCUGUCAGAAUUAACUGAUAUGGCCUUAAUGUAGACCUUCACUGCCACGCUCCCUUUACCUUCACAGUAAAGGUGAAAUAUGACAAACCAUUUGGAAUUUUUAA